UUAGUUUUGGAGAAAACAAACAAACUAGCAAAACUUCCCUUGGGCACAGAUAGAUGAUAGAGGAUAUAUGUAUAAACAUAUGCUUGAGGAGAGGUAAUUGAUUAAAGUAGCAAAAAAUAAUUAAGAUGGCGAAAAGAAAUGGAGAAAAGAGAAACGAGAGCGUGGCAGUGGCAAUAGACAAGGACAAGGGAAGCCAACAUGCAUUGAAAUGGGCGGUGGAUCAUCUCAUAUCUAGGGGUCAAUCAAUCACUCUUCUCCAUGUCAAAACCAAACCUUCUUCCAUCCCCACCCCAAGUGGGAGCCACGUAAAAAUGAGUGAUGUGAACGACGAAGUUGCAAAGGCAUAUAAACAACAACUGGAGAGCCAAGCCAAGGAGGUGUUUCUACCUUUCCGAUGCUUCUGCUCACGGAAGGACAUCAAAUGUAAUGAAGUCAUACUGGAAGAUACGGACAUCUCUAAAGCCUUAAUUGAUUAUGUCUCAUCCUUUCCAGUCGAGACUCUAGUACUUGGCGCACCCUCAAGAAGCGGCUUUGUUAGAUUCAGGACAGCGGAGGUUACAACUAAUGUCUCAAAAGGGGCUCCCGAUUACUGCACUAUAUAUGUGAUUGGCAAAGGAAAGAUCUCGUCAGUGCGAUCCGCUUCUGCUCCCCCUCCCCCGCGUCCUCAGUCUCAGCCUCUGUUGCAACCCCAAACCGAUAAUAACAUUCCCGACCCAACGGAAUCUCCUUCUUCCGCUCGCGCUGUUGUUAACCCGAGACACAGAGCCUAUCUCCUUGAUGAUUUUUAUUCCGUAACAGCACCCCAGAGGCCCCAUAAUCCACAUCGCAACCUGCAUGAAGAAGCAGAAAUCAAGUCACCCUUCACAAGAGCACGAAAUGUGAUGAAAUAUGAGCCCCCAACUCCUGAAUCUGAUAUCUCAUUCGUAAGCAGCGGAAAGCCGAGCAGCGAUACCAUGUUCUCUUCUACAUCUGACAAUAUGGAAUUUGGAAAUCCCCCCCGGCUUUCCAGCUGCUCCGAUUUUGACAACAGAAGCAUGGCCUCCUCCUCCUACUCUGGAAACAUGUCCGUGGAUUUCAGUUCCCAGUACAAUUUCUCGUUUUGCUCCGAGGAAAGUGGUAGGACAUCCUGGUCAUCUCAUAAUAUGGAUGAUGUGGAAGCUGAGAUGAGAAGACUGAAACAGGAGCUCAAGCAGACCAUGGAUAUGUACAGUGCAGCCUGCAAGGAAGCACUCUCAGCAAAGAAGAAGGCAAUGGAACUUCAGAGCUGGAAAAUGCAAGAAGAACAAAAGAAAGAAGAGGCACGAGUAGCUGAGGAAGCUGCACUCUCACUUGCAGAAACGGAGAAAGCCAAGUGUAAUGCAGCCAUUGAGGAAGCCCAAGAAGCCCAACGAAUUGCUGAACUAGAAGCUAAAAAGAGCACGAAUAUAGAAAGGAAAGCCAACAUAGAUGAUGCUGAUGAUGAUGACAUGAAUAUGGCAUUAAAUGGUUUCGGACACCAUCUCAUGUACCGAAAAUACACCAUUGAAGAGAUUGAAAUAGCAACAGACAAUUUCUCUCCAUCACGCAAAAUAGGAGAAGGAGGUUAUGGGCCUGUGUACCACAGUAACCUGGACCACACCCCGGUGGCAAUAAAAGUUCUACGUCCAGAUGCAACCCAAGGACAAUCACAGUUUCAGCAAGAGGUUGAAGUGUUAAGCUGCAUACGACAUCCAAACAUGGUCCUUCUCCUUGGAGCCUGCCCAGAGUAUGGGUGCCUAGUCUAUGAAUACAUGGCGAAUGGAAGCUUAGAAGAUCGCCUGUUUAUGCACAACAACAGUCCCGUACUUCCAUGGCAAAUAAGAUUUCGAAUAGCCGCAGAGAUUGCGACUGGUCUCCUUUUCCUCCACCAUACCAAACCAAAGCCACUUGUGCACCGUGACCUUAAACCCGCCAAUAUAUUGCUAGAUCACAAUUAUGUGAGCAAGAUUAGCGAUGUUGGGUUAGCUAGACUUGUUCCUCCAUCAGUUGCCAACUCUGUAACUCAGUAUCGUAUGACGUCAGCAGCAGGAACAUUCUGUUACAUAGAUCCUGAAUAUCAGCAAACUGGAAUGCUAGGGAUAAAGUCUGAUGUCUACUCCCUGGGGAUCAUGCUUUUACAAAUAAUAACAGCCAAGCCACCAAUGGGUUUGGCUCAUCGUGUUGAGAAUGCCAUCGAGGAGGGAAGUUUUGCUGAGAUACUAGACCCUGCUGUCACUGACUGGCCAUUGGAAGAGGCCUUGAGCUUUGCCAAGUUAGCCCUUAAGUGUGCGGAACUGAGACGAAGAGACAGACCCGAUCUGGGACAGGUUGUGUUGCCACAUCUUAACAAGUUGAGAGAUCUUGCAGAGUCAAACAUGCCUUUUAUGACGUUUGGAGGUAGUGCAGGGCCUUCCCCAAAUAACACCCAAGUUUCCACCUCCUCGAUGCUGCAGGAUUUUCUUAAUCAACCUCCACAGUUUUUGCAUUCUGAAUGCGAUAGCACAAGCAGCGGCUCAGACUAAUUAUUGUUGUUUCCUUAAAAAGACACCACCAUA